UGGCCUGCUUUUUUUAUUUGGUUUUUCCUGCUGUGUAUAUGUGUGGCAAGUUUCGAAGAAUCAAAAAUUUAUAUUCCGUUUUCUUUCAGUAUUCAUGGAUAUUCAUAAAUUGCGGGUGAUAAAUGUACAAAAAAUCUAUUGUUAACUUUACAGAGAACUUUGAGUUGGAAGAAUUGGUUUUGUUUUGAAUAUUAUCAAAUAGUGUUAUGUUUCUGACAUUUAAACCAACUAUUAUUUUCAAUUGGAAUUCGUUGUUUUUCACUUAAUCCGGUGAUAUUUAUGAUAAUAAUUAGGUAAUUAAUAUCGUUAUGUCUGCAACGUUAACACCCGAACAGGAAAAUGCUACGAAAGAGUUCAUUGAUAAAGUGAACCAGAAGUAUAAGAGGAAAUUAGGGCCUAUUUCCUGGUCAUUAGCAGUCAGGUUUCUCUAUGCCCGGAAAUUUGAUGUUAUUCGGGCAUUAACUCUUUUCGAACAACACGAGAUAACCAGAAGGAGGGAGGGCCUAAUAAAUUUCGACCCCUUAAAAGAACCCCUUCGUUCUGAACUGCUGACAGGAAAGUUUACUGUUUUGCCAAAAAGAGAUACGUCUGAUGCUGCCAUCGCAGUUUUCACUGCCCAUAAACAUGUGCCUCUGAGUUGCACACAUCAAACCACAUUGCAGGGUGUUGUAUAUCAGCUGGACGCUGCCCUUCAAGAUCCCGUCACGCAGAGGGCCGGCAUCGUCUUCAUUUACGACAUGUCCGGAUCCAAGUAUUCCAAUUUCGAUUACGAUUUGUCCCAGAAAAUUCUGACACUUCUCAAGGGAGGCUAUCCGGCCAAGCUAAAGAAGGUCCUCAUCGUCACUGCGCCGUUGUGGUUCAAGGCGCCCUUCAAGAUUCUGCGUCUCUUCGUCAGGGAGAAGUUGCGUGAGCGCGUCUAUACGGUAUCGGCUGCCCAGCUGCUCCAGCACAUCCCGAGGGAUUCGCUGCCAGAAAAACUGGGCGGUACGCUUCGCGUCGAUCACGAUGGUUGGUUGGAGCGCUGCCUUCAGCUGGCAAUGACCGCAAGGACGGAAUCGCCGCAACCUAACUACGGAGGAAAGACGCCGUCGCCGAAACGUAUCACUACGCCGCCCCUGAACGAGAACGACUCUGCUCAGAACGUCUCGGUGGACAGCUGGGCAGAAGAGGCAAGCCUGAAUCCCCCCAGCUCUGCGUCCAGCGGAUUCUCCGAUGACGAUUCACUGCACGGCGAGGGCGCAUCUCUGACGGUCGCCCAGCUGGUCGCGCACGUUAGAGAUAAGGGCAGGGCCGGACUGGCGGAAGAAUAUGCCGAAAUCAGGGCGCGACCGCCUGACGGUACCUUCAACGUGGCCAAGUUGAAGAACAACCUGCCGAAAAAUAGAUAUACGGACGUGCUAUGCUACGACGACAGUAGGGUUAUUUUAUCGGAAGCUGGAGACGAAGACAGCGACUAUAUACAUGCCAAUUUUGUGGAUGGGUACAAGCAGAAAAAUGCCUUCAUUAGUACACAGGGUCCUCUGCCUAAAACGACGGCCGAAUUCUGGCGCAUGGUUUGGGAGCAACAAACCCUGGUGAUCGUGAUGACCACCAAGGUGAUGGAGAGGGGCAGGCCCAAAUGUCACCAGUAUUGGGAAUCCGACGUUGACGGCGAAGCGAACUACGGUAUCUUCACCGUGAAGACCAUCGCCAUAGAAGCCGACCCCGACACGACCGUCACGACGCUCUUACUAACCAAUAACAAAACCGAAGAAUCCAGGGAGGUGUCUCACUGGCAGUUCACUUCGUGGCCGGAUUACGGUGUGCCAACGUCCGCUAAAGCCCUGUUGGAAUUCCUGAGUAGGGUCAGGAGAAAACAGGCGAUCAUGGUGUCUGCGAUGGGGGAUACAUGGGCGGGACACCCAAGGGGGCCUCCGAUCGUGGUGCAUUGCAGCGCCGGUAUCGGAAGGACAGGUACCUUCUGCACCUUGGACAUCUGCAUAUCCAGACUGGAAGAGGUGGGAACGGUCGACAUUAGAGGUACUGUUGAGAGGAUCCGCGCCCAAAGGGCGUAUUCCAUACAGAUGCCGGACCAGUACAUCUUUUGCCAUUCGGCGCUGAUUGAAUACGCGCUACUGAAAGGAUACUUAAACGAAGCCGACCUGGUGGGUUUGGACAGGGUCGAAGAGGACUCGGACGAGUGAAACGACCGUCUCGAAACGAUACGCUUUUAGAUCUGCUUCUAACGAUAACUAAUGAGAAUGAGGUUGGAGUGGUGGAUAUAUGGCAACGUCGCAAUCUAGGUUAAGUGGCGGAAACGAUCGGAAUUACACUUUGAACGAGGUGGAAUACGAUGUGUUGCUCGAGAUUGCCUAGAUUAGGCAGUUUUUUUUUGGUCUUUUUCAUUUACAGAACCCGAUCCUGCAGGUUGAAAUAUUGCAACACUUUCAGUCCUAGGCUGGUCGAAAAAGCUCUUAAAUGAGCUGUGUUACUAAAAACUAGGAUUUCGUUGUGAAAAUAAAUAGUAACUUUCAUGAAAAUCAGAAAUUUGGCAACAGUUCAGGUAGGUGUGAAAAAGCAAAUCGAACUUUGAAUGAAUACUAUCAAAUCACUUGUUCGUGUUGGAUUAAAGCAAUCAAAUCAUAGAAUGAAAUAUCACGUGAGAGUUUGGUGUUGAAUAUUUUGAAUAUUGUUCACUAAUCGAUGAUGAACUGUUUUUUUUUUAACUCAGUUCAUCUAAAAACACAAGUUCAACGUACUGAAAGUGUUUACAGGUACUAAAAAAUGUGACAAAGAAAAAUUCACUGCUAAAACUAUGUCCACCUGUCGACUGUCCAUAUCGGGAAAAUUCACUUUAGUUCAAAUCUGAAGAUGACUUCGAACCCCUUGGUUUAAAGGUUAAUUGUGCUUGGUAAUUGUACCAAUUGCUCAAAGAGUUCAUCGUAAAGUGCAAUAUUGGACGAGGAUUGCGUUAUGUUGGAAUAUAUAUUGACUACCCCAAAUUAUAGGCAAUUCACACCUGUUUUCAUCAAUAUAUAUUUUUCUAGGGUUUUCUUUACUUGGAACCUAAUUUUGUAACUACAGUUUCUAGUAUUGUAUUAGUAUUACAAAUUCAUGAAAACGCGAGGAUUCUAUUUCUUGUUCGUCUUUGAACAACCGACGGUCAAGAUGUGGCAUUUCAUCCUCGGCUAUUAUGAAUCGCCGUGUAAUUUUUUCUAGUUUACAAAUAACCUUCCUCUUAUUUAUAUAAUCUAUUCUAAUUUUAUAUAGUUAUUUAAUUCGAAGAAUCAUAUCAAUCUUGUAAUGAUUUGAAACAAUAAACGAAAAAUUUCAAGCCGUAAAAUUUGUUCGGAUAUAUUUUAUCUACUUGUACAUAUUGGAGAGACAGAAGCAUGUUCAAUAUUAAAAAAAAAUAAAUUGUGAAUUAAUGGACUGUGUAAUUGUGAACUAUCGAUAAUUGUAAUUUACGAACAAUAAAGAGAUUUUUAUUUA